AUGCCGGAUAUCCCUAAGUAUGAUGGAACAACGGAUCCCCAAGAACACGUGACUUCUUAUACCUGCACCAUAAAUGGCAAUGAUCUUAAAGAAGACGAAGUUGAGCCGGUGUUGUUGAAGAAGUUCGGCGAGACGUUAUCUAAAGGGGCAAUGACAUGGUAUUGUAUGCUUCCCGAACAUUCUAACUCUUUUGAGAUGCUUGCAGUUGCUUUUGUGAAAGCUCAUUCUGGGGCUCGAAAGGUCCAAGCAAAGAAGGCCAAUAUAUUCAGAAUAGCCCAAAAGAAUAACGAGUUACUCCGAGAAUUCGUAACAAGGUUUCAGAAGGAAAGAAUGUUAUUGCCCCCGGUUCCUGAUGAGUGGGUGACCCAAGCUUUCACUAAGGGACUCAAUCCUCGUAGCUCCGCCGCCUCAUUCAAACUAAAGAAAAAUUUGUUGGAAUAUGAAGCAGUUCGGCAAGCCAAAAACAAAAAUAGGGAGAGAUUAAAAAAGGUAAUAGAAGCCGAGUUGAAACCAUCAAAGGACAGAUACCAGCCGUACGGUCGGCCUAAAUGGUCCAUCUUUAGGACGGAUAGAGGAAGGAGCGGCCCCAACUAUAAUUUAGUAACAAAUGAUAGACGAACUGAUCGUGGCUCAAGAAGCAAGGAUUUGCAAUUCCGGAGUAACGUGGUUAGGACAUCUGACGCCGGUGAAAGCUCGAGAUUAUCCGAGUAUAACUUCAACAUCGAUGCUUCCGCUAUUGUUUCUGCUAUUGGACACAUUAAGGACGUGAGAUGGCCGAGGCCACUUGGGAUCGACCCUACCCAACGGGAUCCGAACAUGAUAUGCGACUAUCAAGGGACUCAUGGUCACCGAACCGAGGAUUACCGACAACUGAGGGAUGAAGUUGCCCGGUUAUUAAGGAACAGUCACUUGCGUGAAUUUUUGAGUGAUCGAGCAAAGAGUCAUUACCAAAACAGGGAAGCAAAUAAGAAAGAUGAACCGACAAAAACACAACACGGGAUCAACAUGAUUAUCGGAGGAGUAGAAAUUCCCCGAGGUCUGACGAUGAAGAAGACAAAGGUAUCAAUCAUUCGGGAAAAGAAAACCAGAGAUUAUGUGCCUGAGGGAUUCAUUUCCUUCAGCGACGAAGACGCGGACAGCAUCAUUCAUUUCCAAAAUGAUGCAUUGGUAAUUUUUGUCCUUAUAAAUAAAUCUCAGGUUAAGCACAUUUUGAUUGAUCCAGGUAGCUCGGCCAACAUUAUCCGUUGGAAGGUGGUAGAGCAGCUAGUUCUGUUGGACCAAAUUGUGCCUGCAGCCCGGGUCCUCAACGAGUUCAACAUGGCAUGCGAAACUACCAAGGGGGAGAUUACUCUGCCGGUGAACACCAUCGGGAUUGUUCAACAUACAAAAUUCUACGUCAUUGAUGGUGAAAUGAAAUACAACUCUCUAUUCAGCUAA